CAUGACUAACGUUACCAUCGACUCAACAGGGGAUCAGUACUGUGGGGGCAGAUUGGACAAACCAUCUGGAACGUUCAAAACUCCCAACUGGCCUGACAGGGACUACCCAGCCGGCGUCACCUGCUCCUGGCACAUAGUGGCACCAAAGAACCAGAUCAUUGAAGUCAAGUUUGAGAAGUUUGACGUGGAGCGAGAUAACUAUUGCCGCUACGACCACGUCUCCAUUUUCAACGGCGGCGAGAUCAACGACGCCAGGAGGAUCGGGAAGUACUGCGGAGACAGUCCCCCGGCGUAGGUCUCACGUCUUGUUUAUUUUGGCGCGUUUUAGUUUGGACCCUGUCGUCUCAUCCCAGCAAAUCUCAUUCAUACCCAAUCUCAGCCGAUAUCGUAUCUGUGUCAUGUCAUAUCGGUCUCGCAUCUCACUGUGUAAUCACCAUUUUAUAUAUAUAUAUAUAUAUAUAUUCAUACUAGAAAAAUUGAGAAUACCCGAACCGAUACCAGGUAUCGGUAUCAAGCUGAUACCAGCCCGAUAUCACAUAUUGAGCUGAUACCAGCCCGAUACAAGAUAUCACUAUCGAUCUGAUACCAGCCCGAUACCAGGUAUCGUAUCGAGCUGAUACCAGCCUUAUUUUAAGAUAUUCGCGGUUGCUGCCGAUACC